AGCUCCCCGCCCAGCCCCGGAACUUUGCUCUUCCUGGCCCGCCCCUUGUGGUUGCUGCUUUCCGGCCAAAGUUCCGACGGAGGCAUGGCUUCCUGGCGCCUGAUUUUCUCUACCGGGGCGUCCCGGCUGCCCUGUAGCCUCGCUCCUCGGCGGUUUUUCAGUUGUGGGACAAAAAUACUAUGUCAAAGCACUGAAGCUGCCCAGGCUAAAUUCUUUCCUCCCGUUCAAAAAGUGAUGCUACCACCCAAUAGUUUUCAAGGAAAAGUGGCGUUCAUUACUGGGGGAGGCACCGGCCUUGGGAAAGCAAUGACAACCUUCCUGUCCAGCCUGGGUGCUCAGUGCGUGAUAGCCAGCAGGAAUAUUGAUGUUCUGAAAGCUUCUGCAGAACAGAUUUCAUCUCAGACUGGAAAUAAGGUUCAUCCGGUUCAAUGUGACGUGAAAGAUCCUAAAAUGGUACAGAAUGCAGUGGCAGAACUGAUCAAAGUAGCAGGGCUUCCUGAUGUCGUGAUAAACAACGCAGCAGGGAAUUUUAUUUCUCCCUCUGAAAGACUGUCACCUAAUGCCUGGAAGACGAUCAAUGACAUAGUUCUGAAUGGCACAGCCUAUGUGACACUAGAGAUUGGAAAACAACUAAUUAAAGCACAGAAAGGAGCGGCAUUUCUUAGUAUCACAACCAUCUAUGCUGAGAGUGGAUCAGGUUUUGUGGUACCAAGUGCUUCUUCCAAAGCUGGCGUGGAAGCCAUGACCAAGUCUCUUGCAGCCGAAUGGGGUAGAUAUGGAAUGCGAUUCAAUGUGAUUCAACCGGGGCCUAUAAAAACCAAAGGUGCCUUUAGCCGUAUGGACCCAACUGGAGCAUUUGAGAGAGAGAUGAUUGACAGAAUUCCCUGUGGUCGACUAGGGACUGCAGAAGAACUGGCAAAUCUUGCUGUUUUCCUUUGUAGUGAUUAUGCUUCUUGGAUUAAUGGAGCUGUAAUCAGAUUUGAUGGUGGAGAGGAAGUAUUUAUAUCAGGUGAAUUCAACAGCCUGAGGAAGGUUACCAAGGAACAGUGGGACACAAUAGAAGGACUUAUCAGGAAGACAAAAGGCUCCUGAGGUGACCACGUGCCUGCAUC